ACCAUUUCGUGCUAUUUUAGAUUGAAAGUUAAAAUAAAAUGACGACGAAAACAUUGAAAAAACUGGGGCUCGGCAAUAAUGGUGACACUUCUGGAAGGAAUAAAGCUGACGACAGAAAUCUCCAAGGUCAAGACAUCGUGCGCUGCUAUAAAUGUGAUGAAGGGGUGCGUUUUGUAUGCAAACCCUGUGAAGCAAAAGUUUGCAAAAGAUGCGUUGGUGAUCACUUGGAAACGAAAACCUCUCCAGGAUUUCAUAGAUUUGCCUUUUACGGUAAAGAUGAUAGAAUGAUCUCGUCUAAUCCCAACGUAGAAGGAAUCGUGGACAAAGAUGAGAAUGUAAAAGAGGUAUGGAGCAUUGCACUCCUACCAGACUUGCCGGAAUCCCAGCGGAUUAUUGUUUGCAAUGAUCAGUCCGUCAUGGUUUACCAAAAGCAGGGAGGUGGCGGCUGGUCUAAAAAUGAGUUGAAGAGAAAUAUUGGAGAUUCAAUUAUCAGAUGUAUUGCUACAUCUAGUUCUCGCAUUCUUUACACGGCAACGAAUUGCAAAAAUGUAUAUGAAACAGAUGAAUAUUUUUCAACUGAGGGUACUAGACCAUUCUUCGCCCCUGAAACUGAUGGAUGGAACCCGAGAGGGAUUGCAUUUUCCCUUGUUACCCCAGAUCAUAUUUGGAUUGGACUGUAUAAUGCUAAACUAAAGAAAGGAAACGUUAUCAAAGUGGAAUCUAAUGGAACAUGUGUAGGAUAUCUAGGCAAUGAAACAGAGGAAAAGCCCUACAUAAAUCCACGGUUUCUUGCUGAAAACAAAAACGGAGACAUCUGUAUUUCUGAUUCAGUUGGAAAGAAAGUAUUUGUAUUGGAACGCAAAGGAGCCCUACGUUUCCCCUAUCCACCUUCCGAGAAUUCAACUUAUGUUCCUCGAACUGUUGCAACGGAUAGACAGUGUAACAUCCUCAUUGCAUAUCCAAGAAAUGGCAUCCACAUAAUAGAUAAAAAUGGGGAACUUCUACGCAUCGUUGAAGAAAGGACAUGUCCUACUGCUUGUUGUGUCUCGUUGAAAGACUUAUUGUUUGUAUGUUCGAAAGAUGGAGAUAUGAAAGAGAUAACAUAUCUAUCUUAGCCAUUGUUUCCAAACAAACAGUACUUAGAGAUUCUUUAUAGGUUCUGAGAUCUACCUUUGGAUUGUUUAGGUUAUAUGUUGUUGAACAUUACCCUCUUUUCAGCAUAGUUCUUGACGAUGUAUGGUAUGAUAAGCACUAUUUUCAUAGUUUGGUACAAGAGGAGCCAGAGUGUUGCUUAUU